AUGGUUAUCAGCAAUCUUAUAAAUGUAUACAGAAUUGUUGAAUCAUCGACAAACAUCGCUCCCCUCAUUCAUAAUAAAGAGAAUAUUCUUCCAAGCAGUUAUUUAAAUCCCCAAAAACGUGAUGUUGCAUUGAAACAGCAAAUUAUUGCUGUUGUUUUUACAGAAACUGAACCGGCUGAGUAA